AAACAAAACUGGGGCUGACGCCAGCUCCCUGGGCGGCCACCUCCUGAGGCCCCUCCUGCAUUCCUGGGCUGUGCGCCCCUCGCCAAGACGUGGCUGAUGUCAUUCUGGGCCGCCGGGCCAGGGGACCCGGGCUGGGUGGCUGCCUCUCCGGAAGUGAGCGCGCUGCCUGCCGGCCAGCAGGUUCAACUUGGGGUUUAAAGCCUCUAGCCAGAGGACUGGAGAUCUGCCUAGCUCAGGUGAGAAGAGCCUGGAGGGGACAGCGGGACUGAGGUGGGUGGCGGCUUCCAGGUGUGCACGGGAGGUCCACCUGCGAGGAGGGAAGUGAGUUUGGAGUGCCAGCCACCUCCCCCAGCUCCUCACAGCCUCCUGCUCCUUGAAUUCAGCAAGGGUCAGCCCCAGGGACUAGAACUGGACGUCCUGCUUGGUUGACUUGAUGUUCCUGCUGGUGGUCACCUGCUGACCUGGUCGCUGUCCCUGUUUUGUGACCCGCGGAUGCCUGUUGGGCGAUGUUUACUUUACUUGGGCUGAUGUGCUCUGCUGAGUCUUUCGUUGGAGCCCAGAACUUCUCCCCAAGAAGGACCCGGACCCCAGCAGCUCUGGCCCCCUAACUGCCUCCGCCUGCCCCCUCUUCUAGGCUGAUCUCAUGGAUUACCUGGGCGACAAGCUUUCGGUGGCCCAGACACACAUGACUCAGUGGGUGGGCACGGUGAGGAGGUCCUUCCAAGAGGCCCUACACCUGGUGACAGCCACGGUGGGCUCCGAGCGGAGCGGGGAGCCUGCUGGUCGCACCCCUUUCAAGCGAGCCUCCUCCUUCAGACACCUGGCCUCUCGGAGCCGAGAGUCCUUCCGCCGUUUCUCCGCCCGCAGCCAGCAGAGGUUCUCAUCCCUCAGGAAGAGGCAGCCGGACUCGGAGACCCCUGAUCUUAACCAGCUGAAGCAGUGUUUCUCCAGGCGAGCACCUGAGGCCAAGGACACCGACACCCUCGUGCAUGAAGCCGACAGCCAGUAUGGGACCUGGGCAGACCAGCCCCAGAACGGGGGCAGUUUUGUCCCUGAGUCCCCGUCUCCCGACAGCAGCGCUACGUCUCCAGGACAGCAGCCCCCAGGCAGCCACUUGUCCUCGUACACGGAGUCCACAUCAGUGGACCAGCGCGAUGGCUCCAGGGACAGGCGCAGCUCCAGCGCGGACCGCUCCAGCUCUGAGCUGGAGUCCACAGAUGGCCCAGAGGGGCCGCCCCCAUCAGACGUCUGCUCUGUGGAGAGAGAAGAUGACUUCUCCUUCAUCCAUCAAACCUCAGUCCUCGACUCAAGUGCCCUCAAGACCCGGGUGCAGCUGAGUAAGCGAAGCCGCCGCCGGGCGCCCAUCAACCACUUGCUCCGUCGCAGUCAGUUCAGUGAAUCUGAGAGCCGGUCCCCCCUGGAAGAGGAGUCACAGAGCAUGUGGAUGUUCAAGGACUCCACAGAAGAGAAGUUGCCUAGAAGGGAUGAAUCGGAUGAAGAGCCGCCCAGGGUGGAGAGGACCCCUGUCAGCCAUCCCCAGAGGAUGCCUGUGUUCCCAGGCAUGGACCCAGCUGUGCUAAAGGCUCAGCUCCACAAGAGGCCAGAAGUGGACAGUCCUGGUGAAUCUCCUAGUUGGGUGCCCCAGCCCAAGACCCCUAAAUCACCGUUCCAGCCCGGGGUGCUGGGCAGUCGGGUGCUGCCCUCCAGCACAGAGAAAGAUGAGAGGUCAGAGGAGCCCUCGCCCCAGUGGUUAAAGGAGCUGAAAUCCAAGAAGAGGCAGAGUCUGUACGAGAAUCAAGCUUGACCAGACGGGACAUCGCUGCACCCCUAAACUCAAGCCUUAACCGCCAGACGUCUGAACCAAGGCCAAGCCACCCGCUCCUUCCUGGCCACACUCAUGUGCCUGGGUUUUCCGCCCUGAAGACACUGUGCUGAGCCCCAUCUGGGUCCCCACAGCAAGACCCUGCCCCAGGACCGACUCCAGUCCUCAGAAGGAUCUUCCAGCUCUCCUUGCGGAUGUGUCCAGGCCUGUGGAUUGGCCUUUGGUGUGACAGCGGCCUUCCUACCCUCCACGUACACCUCACAGGGCUCCCCAGCUGGGGAAGCAGACCUAGGCUCUUCUCCUUCUGGAAAGACUUUGACAGCCAACCUUGCGAGGAUCCCGGAUGGCGAAGGCCACUCACUGCCCCAGCAUGACAUGGUGUCUCCUGGGUUGG